CAAUCACAGGCUGCACUCGGAACACAAAGAGAAGAGAGAUAGUACUAUAGGCCGUAGGACUAUUGUUUCACAAAGAAAUUAAGACAUGAACCCAUCUACGGCGCCAAAGAGCAAAAAGAUGCAAACGCAAACGCAAACGCAAACGCUAGAAACGUCGACAGUGAGAUUUCUGGGUGUUCGAAGAAGGCCAUGGGGAAGAUAUGCGGCCGAGAUUAGAGACCCUUCCACGAAAGAAAGGCAUUGGCUGGGCACCUUCGACACCGCCGAGGAAGCUGCCUUGGCCUAUGACAGAGCCGCCCGCUCCAUGCGAGGCCCACGUGCUCGCACCAACUUCGUGUACUCGGACAUGCCACCUGCCUCUUCUGUCACCUCUAUUAUCUCUCCUGAUGAAACCCAACAAAACUUCUCGUCCCUCUUUGUCCCUCCCACUCCCACUCCCACUCCCACACCCCAACCCCUUUCAAGUAUGGAUUCAUGCGGUUUUCCGGCAAUGUCAGAUAUUGGAGACCACCAGCUCUGGGCUUCUGCUUCCAGCUCUUGUCAUCAAGAACCCGCCAUUGACAACUAUGGUACUGCCGUAUCCGGCAACCAUUCAACCCAUAAUAAUCACACUGAGCUCCCUCCUUUUCCCUCUGACAUUUCUGGAUACCUUGGCUCAAAUAUGAGCGUGCCGGAUUGUGGUCAUGAUCUGAUGGGGUACUCGGAGCAGACCACGGUAACAACGGGGUUCGACUCAAUGGGGAUAUCGAUGAUGGGGUUGGACUCAAUGGAGUACAUGCAUAGCCCACUAUUUAGCAGGAUGCCCCCAGUUUCGGAUACGGUGCCUGAGGGUUUUGAUUUGGGCUCUUCAUCUUAUUUCUUCUGAACCCAGCCCUUAACCUUCUAUACUAAUUGAAGCGUUUGAGGCCGGAGUGGACCUGUUCAUUCUGUUUCAGGUUAUUUUAAUUGGGUUUUUCCCUCUCUUUUUUUUUUUUUUUUUUUCUUUUUCUUUGGUGUGUAUGUUACGUACGGUAAUUUGUGUU